AUGCGCUCUCUUUUCAGAACUAAUGUUACUUUGAAAAGAUUUCAAUCCACUUUACCUCCUUCAAUUUCACAACUUUUCCAGAACCCACCACCACUAGAAUCAGAAUUAACUAUCAAUGGGUACAUAAAGUCAGUGCGUUCACUGAAGAAAGUGUCCUUUGUGGAUUUAUCAGAUGGUAGCUCUCAUCAAAAUCUUAUGUGUGUGUUAUCACCAGCCCAGGCUACAGGAUUGAAAACAGGGCAAUCUAUUGAGCUGAAAGGUUUCUGGGUUAAAUCAAAAGGUAAAGAACAACCAUUCGAAUUUAAGGUACUUCCUGGCGAAGAAAGUCUCAAAAUAGUAGGAAAUGUUAAAGAUGAUUUCCAAUUACAGAAAAAAGCCCAUUCAAUUCAAUAUUUAAGGUCAUUAUCAACGUUGCGUUGGAGAACUUCAUAUCUAUCAUCCAUUUUAAGAUUUAGAUCAUUUGUCGAUUUGAAACUUCAUGAUUUUUUCCAAAAUGAAGGUUUUUUCAAAACAAACCCACCAAUAUUAACUGGAUCAGACUGUGAAGGUGCUGGAGAAUUAUUCCAAGUUGAAUCAAAAUCAUUAUCAGAAAAUAAAGAGAAAUUUUUCGGUAAGAAUGCUUACCUGACUGUUUCUUCACAAUUGCAUUUAGAAGUUUUAUCGGCUGCCCUUGGUAAAGUUUGGACAUUGUCACCAACAUUUAGAGCGGAAGCUAGUGGUACAAACAGACAUCUAAGUGAAUUUUGGAUGUUGGAAGCUGAAAUGCCAUAUGUGGAGGAUAUAGGUCAAAUAACUGGGUUAACCGAACAAAUGAUUAAGCAUGUUGUUAAAGAUCUAGUGAAUGAUACAAACCAAGUUGCUUCAAAUCUGUUAAAAUCACAAAGAUCUGUGGAGGGUCAAGAAGGUAAAACGGACUUGACAGAGAAAUGGAAAAAACUUUAUGAAACAGAGUGGAAAACAAUCACAUAUAAAGAAGCAUUGCAGAUUUUGGAAUCCUCUGGUGAAACUUUCCAACAUCCAGUUAAGUACGAGGACGGCUUGGCCACUGAGCAUGAAAAAUGGUUAGCCGGUGAGUACUUCAAAUCCCCAGUCUUUGUUAUUGACUACCCAAAGGAUAUGAAGGCAUUUUACAUGAAGGUUAACCCAGAUAAUGAAACAGUUGCAUGUUUUGACUUGUUAGUACCAGAAGUCGGUGAAGUUAUUGGUGGGUCUUUAAGAGAACAUAAUCUAGAGAAACUAACUAGUAUAAUUAAUGACAGAGGAAUGAAAUUAGAUGAAUUAAAAUGGUAUCUGUCAUUGAGAGAGAAUUCAACUGUUCCUCAUGGUGGAUUCGGACUAGGUUUUGAAAGACUAAUAUGUUAUUUGGCCGACGUUGAGAAUGUCCGUGAUGUCGUCCCUUUCCCAAGAAGCAAAGGUGAAUGUCCAUGUUGAAGAUAGUUUGUGUAUACUGUGAAUAGAAUCUUGUAAAUACUUUAUACUCAUGUCGGAAGCACGGACCGUGUAGUCAUAGUAAACUAUCCGGCUCUCGGACCGGUCAACCACGAAAG